AUGGAUUUAACCUUGGCUGUAGCUCUCCUCAUUUCAGCAGCCAUUAUCCUCUUCCUCUUCUCUCUUCUCUCCAUUCUCUAUCUUAAAUCCCACACAUGCAAAAAUCCUAUUGAUAUCGAUCAACCUCUCGAUAACCCUCUUGCAAAAACCAACUCGAUCAUCAAACUGAAAUCAUCAGAGGUUGAUGCCUUGACCUCAAACUUCAACCCUUCGACGAUAAUCGGCGAGGGAGGAUUCAGCACCGUCCACCUCGUCCCCUUUAAAAGCUACUCCUUCGUCGCCGUCAAAGUCCUCAAUGUGCACCGUGCAUUCCAUCAAGAACUCGACAUCGUCCUCCGCCUAAACCACCCCAGCAUCGUCAAGCUCAUCGCCUACUCCGACGAAAAAGACCAAAACAUUCUCGUCUUCGAAUACAUCCCCAACGGAACUCUCCACGACCGCAUUCUCAACUGCGUCAUCCCUCUCCCUUGGUCGAAACGAAUUACUAUUCUUUACAAUGUAGCAUUGGCUUUAGAUUACCUGCACGAAGGCUGUGGCCUUCAAAUUAUCCACGGGGACAUCAAAUCGUCGAACAUUCUGUUGGAUGAAAACCUCGAACCGAAGAUUUGUGAUUUCGGGUCGGCUAAAAUGGGGUUCUCGGCUGCGAUCACUCGAUCGGAGAAGCAGAUGAUGGGUUCUUUGGGGUAUGUUGAUCCGCAUUAUUUGAGAACAGGGUCGAUGUCAAAGAAGAGCGAGGUAUACAGCUUCGGGGUUUUGAUUAUGGAGCUGAUUACAGGAAUGGAGGCUUUUGAUCCUGAGAAGGAGCGGCUUCUGACGACGGUUAUGGCUCCGGUUAUGGGAGCGGAGGGAGAAGAGAUUAGGAUCAAGAGGAUCAAGAUGAAGAAGUUUGUUGAUCCAAAGUUAGGACACGAGUAUGAUGUUGAUGAGGUUUUAGCGAUGACUCUGCUCGCGGCAAGGUGCGUUGCAGAGCAGCCGGCGCUCCGGCCGUCGAUGGCUGAGGUUGUUAAGAUCAUGAAGGAGAAUGUGGGCAUUGUUUCAUCUAAAGGGAGGGUUGGUGUGUAA